AUGUGCAAAAUGGUUAAAAACAGAUUUCGCGAUGCAUUCGGAUAUUACAAUGCGAUUCGAAAGGAACUGAGUAAGCAAAACAAAGCCGCAAAGCUGGACAACGAACUGACGCCAGAGGAAGAGAAGAAGUACAUCAGCUAUGAAGAGCUAAUGUCCGUCCCUGGUAAAGUUCAUAAGGUGCUCACUGAAACGUACGGCAAAGUAUUUCUAUCGCGAUCCGAGUUUGACGAGCUGGCCAAAGCUAAGAGGACUGAGUACUUGAAGCUCGUAUUUGAUUACAUCACACUGUGGUUGAACGUGCAUUAUCCACUUCGUUUGGUAUGGCCGAGCGUUCUCCUCGCUCCAGAGGAGGGAGCUAACGAUCUUCAAGGUAAUACAUUACAUUUGAACGAUUUUAAGAAUGUUCGACUAAUGGGACCGCAAACGAUUCAGUUAGAUAGUACGACGAUGAGCUUGAUCAAGUCAUAUCUCGACUUCUUGACUAAUACUAUUGGAGAGCAGCCUAGUAACCUACUGUGGCGCAUUUUCAAUCGACAGCCAGGCGAGUAUGAUUAUACCAAUUCGAGCAAUAGCUUUAGUCAGGUUCUUUCGAAGCUCUUUGUAAAGUACAAUGGAAAGCCAAUGUCAAUGAAUAUGAUCCGGCACAUUGCUGAGUCUCAUUUGAUCCAAUCGCCAGCAUAUGCUAAACUCACCAAUCGCGAGAAGAACGAUCUUCAUGCAAAACUACUCCACAGCACCAUGGCCGCUAACACGAGUUACAACAAGAUUGCAAACCGAGCGAAUGCUUCUGAAGUAUCCUUUGAACCAGACGAUUCAUACGACCAAGCGCCAGAGUCUCCUGCAAAGCCCGCUGUAACACCUGUAAGCAGACCUAAAGACCGUCGGGAACGCAUAUUCCAUGGCGCUUUCACACCUACUGGCAGCGAUAAGACACUCGAGAUUGACAUCUUUGAGAAAUAA